CGUUUUCUUCUUCGCCGCAACGUACAGAUCUCGCUGUCGUUUUUAGCUGGUCUUUCGUUAGCGCGUUUUCUUCUUCUCUGCAGCAUACAGAUCUUCGCUCUCGCUCUCCCAUUCUUCCUCAGCUUUCUCAUUCUUUGAGACAUUCACAGGAGUCCAAUCUCCAAUCGACGUCCUAUCUGGAAUUCUCUUGUUUUUCUUGUCGUCUCUGGAAGAACAUUGGCUCUCCAUACAAUACAGGCCUCUGCUUAUAUUGACUACACAUUGGUGAGGGAUCAAAUCUGUUUCGCACAAGCCAUGGUUCUUGAUGGCAUCAUUUCUUCUCCCCAUCGGAGGUCGUCAUCAUUCAGAAAGCAAUUCCCGCGGGAGGAGUUGGGUAGCUGGUCAACGCUUGUUCGGAGGCACCGAUUCCUUUUAACGGCUCUGGCCCUUUUGGCUGUUCUCUGCACUAUAUAUCUCUACUUUGCUGUUACUCUGGGAUCUUCCGGAUCUUGUUCUGGCCUCACUGGAACUAAAAAGGCCUUGUGCAAUAUAGAACUGGCAAAAAAUUCUGUGUCCAAGGGAAAGUUAAAAAUGUUUUAGGUGGUUGAUAUUCAUUAUAUAUUGAAAUAGUUUUCCUUUAUUGGUUGUUGUUACUCAAUUAAAGAGGGGAGACAUUAAUAGUUAUUGUAAGAAGGUGGUUUUUGUUUCUAAGCAUGUGUAAUGGUGAUGCAUCCUACCAGUACCA